AAUCAUCUUAUACUGACACAUUCAAGUCUUGAAACUGAGUCUGAUUAAUGAGAACCAAAUUUCUUAAUGUACUAUAAUUUCUUGACAGUAUAAUUUCUUUUUGGAAAAAUCUCAACAGUAUUGUUUCUUAAAAUAUAUUUUCUGUAAUUUUAGUACCUAUUUUUAAAAAUUAAAUAAUUUUUUCGAAAUGAUUAAUUUUGCACAUGUUCCUGCCAGAUAUGUAUUUACGUUUGUGGCCAUGCUGGGUCUAAUGAUGUCUUAUUCAAUGAGAUCUUGUUUAAGUUUGGCUAUCACAAGAAUGGUAACACCUUCAAAUACGACACAUUCCUCUAGAACGGAAUUAUUCAAUAGCUCUUCGAAUAAAUGUGAAACAUUUAAUUGGAAUGAAAAAACUCAAGGCUUAAUUUUAUCCGCCUUUUAUUGGGGAUACUUCAUUACUCAUAUUCCUGGAAGUUCUCUAUCGCAAAAAUUUGGCGGUAAAUAUACCUUUGGUUUGGGUAUUUUAUGUACAGCCAGUUUUACCGUACUUACGCCGUUGGUGGUUGACAAUGAUCCAAUGAUUCUAAUGAUUAUUCGUUUCGUCGAAGGAAUUGGCGAAGGCAUGGUCUUUCCAGCUCUUUAUAUUUUACUGGCUCAAUGGGCACCUCCGGGAGAAAAGGGUGUCAUGUCAACCUUUAUAUUUUUAGGCAGUCAAAUCGGUACCUGUUUAUCAAAUAUUGUUGGAGGGUAUAUUUUAGAAUAUGCUCCAGGGUGUGCUUGGAAAUUAGUAUUUUAUGUAUUUGGAUCUUGUGGUAUUAUUUGGUAUGUUUUAUGGCAAUUUUUAUGCUACAAUGAUCCUUUGAGUCAUCCAUUUAUAUCAGAAGAGGAGAAAAUGUAUUUACAAAAAGAACUCGGCUGUAUUCAGAGAAAAAAAACUUUGAAAACGACACCUUGGAAACACAUAUUAACAUCGGUACCCAUUUGGGCUCUUGUGAUCGCAGAAUUCGGUCACGAUUGGGGUGUUUAUGUGGUAAUCGCUGACCUUCCUAAAUUCGUAAACGAUGUGUUGAAAUUCAACCCAGCCGAGACCGGAAUGAUGUCUGGUUUUCCAUAUCUUUCUGUGAUUGUUGCAUCAUUUAUUUCGAGUUUUCUGAACGAUUGGAUUACCAGGAAUGAAAUUCUUUCAAAAGAUGUUUUAAGAAAAAUGUUCACCACAAUCAGUUCGGUUGGCCCUGCUAUUGGAAUGCUCUGCGCUUCGUACAUGGCAACAAAGACCACAGUCAGUCUGUGUUUCAUUUUUGGCAUGGGUACCUUGGCAUUUUCGUACAGUAGUUUAAAAAUCAAUGCUUUAGAUGUAAGUCCGAAUUACGCUGGCAGUAUUAUGGCCGUAGUCAAUGGAGUUGGGUGUAUUGCGGGUGUAUUAGCUCCUUAUUUUGUCGGCUUAAUUACUACUCAUAGAAGCGUUGAAGAAUGGAGAUUGGUUUUUUGGAUCAUGGCUUCUGUAUUGGUCCUUACUAAUUUUAUUUUUGUGAUAUUUGGAUCCACUGAGUUGGAACAAUGGGAUGAUCCUGACAGAAAUGACGAAAAAUGUAUGCUGAGUGAAAUAGAAUCAUGUGGCUCAAGCGCAUAAGUAUUUUAUUUAUUUAUUUUUUUAUGAAACGAUGCCUUUAAAAAUAUUUUUAAUAGAUUUUUAUACUUAGUUUAUUUUUACUGUUUUGCCUGUGUGAACGAUUUUUAUAAUUCAAAACACAGAAUAAACUCAUUUUUUUUGUA